UUUUUUUUUUUUUUUGUUAUUAUUUAAAUCAUAAAUUGGAAUAUUUAUAAACUUAAGUGGCAUGUAGAAUUUUAAAAUGCUGUGAAAAAAGUAAAGUUUAUUUAAUUGAAUUUUUUUAUUACAAGGGUUGAAAAUAUAAGCUGUACGUAUGGCAUUACCCUAUGGAUAGUAACAUGUCUGCGGCAGCCUUCAUGCAUCGGUCGGGUGGCUCUUCCAAUACAUCAAGCACUGGAACAGGGUCAUCAGCCAGUGGCCCAGGAAACGGAAGCACUGGAGGUGCUAGAAUGGCUGUAAUUGGGGUAACCCGAAAUGUUAGACUGAGACGUCGGGGAGCUUCCGGAUUUGGAUUUUCUCUUCGUGGUGGACGAGAGUAUGCUGCCGGUUUUUACGUCAGUGAUGUACAACCUGGUGGCGAAGCCCAUCGGAAUGGCUUAAGGGUCGGCGAUCAAAUUAUUCGAGUUAAUGGUUAUCCAGUCGAAGAUGCAGUUCAUCAUGAAGUCGCGCUUUUAGCAAAAAACCAACAAGUCUUGGUUUUAAAAAUACGUAGCGUUGGUAUGAUACCCGUAAAAGACAAUCCAAAUGAUCCUGUGACCUGGCACAUGGUCCAACAACAACAACAGCAACAAUAUCAACAACAAAUCCAAUACAACGAAUCAAAUCCUAUUCCUUAUAACGAAGUACGUAUAAGAGUUAUGGUCGGCGAAAAAGGUAGACUAGGUUGUGGUGUUUGUCGUGGAUUAGUUCCAGGUUUAACUGUCCAGGGAACGAGAGAAGGCGGACCAGCGAGAGCAGCUGGUUUAAAAGCCGGUGAUGUAAUAACCUGGUGUAAUGGUCAAAGACUAACAGAUUUACCAUUCGAACGCGCGAUUGAAUCAAUGCGUAGUGCAGGAAUCUUGGAUCUGAUCGUAAAUCGUCCGAUACCAGCCAGCAAUGGUCUUUACGAUUGUCCCGAGACUCUUUGGAUGCGCGGAUCGAGUGGUUACGAUUCUGAGUCAUCAAGUUUAUUAACAGCAAGUCCAUCGCCACCAGCACAUCCAAGUCCACCAUCGCCGCAACACCAGCAUCACAACCUUCAUCCUCAGUCGCGUUACACACGUGAUGACACUUGUAAUAAUCGCAAUGGCAGAGCAUGCUGUCCUCUGGCAUUGUCAACUAGUAGUUGCUCUUCUUCAGAGUGGAGUCAUCAAAGUGAUCAGAGUCCAGAAUGGACACGUAGACCAAAUAAUACAACGGUUAUAAGAGUUAACCAUAACGUAAAUCAGAAUCAUCUAAAUCAAAACCAGUAUCGUUCUAAUGUUAGCAGUAAUGUUGGAGCUGGUGGUAGUGGUAAUAAUAUUGGUAAUAGUGGUAAUAGUGGUAGUGUAACAUCCUCUUUCAUGGUACAUCCAACUAACACAAAUCAUGUAAAUUAUGGUUCACGUACUGACACCGGAAAUGAGCCACUUUACGAUCCUGUACCACCGCGGGAUUAUGAGAGUCAUGAUUUUGAUGCCAAUCCAGUUGAUGAAAGAAAUCGUAGAUUGUUGUACGAGAAAGAGAGCAUUGAUCUUUGUGAUCCACCUGCUCCGGAUGAUCAUCAUCACCAUCAUAUUCUUUACAAUAAUUCAAAGGACAACAAUAGUUACAUGGAUAAUUCAAAUAUUAUUCAACGACACGGUGAAAUUGAAAGACAGACUGUUACUACUGUUCAAGUUCAUCAAAAUUCAGGACCACCUGCUCCGCCAUGCCCACCUCCAAUGUCUUACAAAUGGCAAUCAGAAACUAAACCAAUGAUAAGUAUGGGAAAGCAAAUGGGAAGUACGAUGUCAAUGGGUAGCACCGGUUCCACAGAGACCGAGUCAAGUUUAGAAUCCUGCGGCAAAGAUUCAGUGUCAACUUCCUCGUCUCUAUCAACGUCAUCGUGUGAUCCCGCGUCUACAAUAACAUCGGGCUCGACAACCACGAUGUCAACAGGACCGCUUAUUAAAUCACCAGAAGCUCCAGUAUUUAAUCGCUUUGCUACAGUCUCUAGUUGUAAUAAUUCAAAUCCUUUAGUUAAUGCAGGACACCCUAGUCCUCCCAUUUUUAGUACUGAUCUUAGUACUGCCAUAGCUCAGGAAUUACAACGACGUGCCCAACAGAGAAGCUUAAAUGCUGCCAAAUGUGAAAUGAACAAAGAAAAACCAUCAUUUGAAUCUAAGAAAUCCCAAAUUCCUCCAGAAAAUAAAGUUACACAUGACAAGUUAAUGGAAGAAUUUAAACGUGCCCAUAAAAAAAUGUUUAAUGGCAAUCAGCAAAAAGUCCAAUUUUCAGAUCAACUUUCAGAAAAAGAGCAGGAGAAAAGAGUUACAAGUAAUAGUCCUACAAUGAAAGGAGGUGGAACACCUCCACCACCGCCAAUGCCACUACCAGUAACAUCUCCAUUAAAAAGUAAUAACAAUAAUAGUAGUACUAGCAAUAGCAAUAGUAUUACCAAUAACAACACCAUCAACAAUAACAAUAAUAAUAAUAAUAAUAAUAAUAAUAAUAAAGAAGACUUAGUGGAAAUGCAGAGCAUUGAAUCUUUUAAACUUAAAGAAAGUCCAAGUUCAGUAAUCCCAAAGCCACCGCCGACGUAUUUCUCAACAUCAAAUUCACCGUCACCGAAUUCGACUCCAUCAAAUGGAAGCCCGAGACACUCGUCAUUGUUAAUAAAGACACAAUUAAACGGAUCUAAUACUGUAAUUCCAACUAUGGAUAAAAAUAUAAAAACAAAUGGACAAGUAAUUAAUUCAUCAACUACUGGUAUCACUAAUGCUACGGGAAACGGAAAAGUUGCUGUAAGAAUUGGUGCUUAUGAAGGUGAAGCUAAACAACCAUCGAGAUUUGAUUUUCUUCCUCAACAACAGCGUACUGUUACGGAUUCAGUAGCUAAACCUUCUGGUGAAGUUGUCACCAAUAGUCCUGUCGUUUCGAGGCUUCAAAAUGAACUAGCGGCAACUUUACAACGUUCAAAUUUGAGAAAGAAAACUAGUGAGGACAAUGUACCAACACAACAAACUACGUCACCUAGUCCAGAACCAACAAGACCCGUUACACUUUUACAAAGUAAUGUUGAAAAAUUAGCAGCUGCUUUAUCGAACAGGGUAACUAUUAAAGUAAGUCCUGAAAAUGAAUCGCGAUAAUUAUCUACUCGCUCAAUGAUAGCUUGUUCUUUAUCACUACUAUACUAUUAUUAUUAUUAUGAUUAUAAUAAAUAACAUGUAUUAUCUAGUAGAUAAAUUUAUUAUUAGAAGAAAAAAAAACGAGUGCAUAAAUUAAUUUUCACAUGAUUCAGUAAAAAAUUUUUAAAAGACUUUUUAAAAUUUUACACUUUUUUUGAUAAAUAUACUGUCUUUAUUAAUUUAGUAAAUGAAAUGCAAUUAAUUGAUAGAUUUUUUAGGAAUGCAUAUUAUAUUAAGAAAAAAAUAUAAAUAAUUCAUAUUUACAGUUCGUAAAUAUUUGUUUUUAUAA